GGGAGAGAUUGCCCUGACCAGGAGUCGAACCAUGACCUCCUGGUUCAGAGGUCAAUGCUCAAUUGCUGAGCUACCCCGGCAGGGCUGGAUCAGACUAAUGCAUUAGCCUUGUUGUGACUCCCAUACAACUUCUCAAUUUAUUAAUUGACUUUUCAUACAUAUUAUUGUAUAAUGGACAGCAGAUAUAUAUUAACUUGAAUAUUCCUAUCCACUUCUUAAUUAUCUUUAUAAAUAAUAUUCUUAAUUAUUCAUCAAUUACUUGAGUGUUUGUUAUCAUUCUGUCUAGCUGUCACUUCUUAAAGAAUUGACAGAUGGAAUUGUGAACCUAGAAUGCUAUUAGCCAACCCUGAUUUUUGUUGAUGCAGUCACAUUGCUCACCUGACAAGUUUUGUGUGAGUCAUUUAGUCUCCCUAGGCAACAGCUCUUUCUCAUUUUUGUCUACUGGGACAGUGAUAUCCCAUCUCUACCUGUUUCCUCUGUGAGCAGGGCUCCUAGUUUUCCAACCUUGAAGUGUUUUAUAAUUAAAGCAAGGAGAAGAUUUGUGGGUGUUGAAUAUGCAAGGAGCUGAAAAGAGAGAUUGGAAGAGAGAUUUUUCCAGGUGAGUUAGCAAGGUACAACCAGUGGGAGAAGCAGCAGGGCUUUGGAAAUUUUACAGGAGAAACUGAAUGAAGCUCAGGCAAUAAAACUAUCAUCUCUUUAGGGUCGUUGUGGGUAGAACUGGGUAUCUCUUGGGGACUUUUCCCCUGUACUUAUUUUAUCUCUUUCAUUCCCAGGAUUUGCCAUUUUACAUUCUCCCACUAUCCUCCAUUCUUUAGAUAUAAAACAUCCAUGUUUCCUGUCUUGCCCUAAUCAUUAGCUUGUUGUUGUUUGUUAUUUUCCCCUUAUCUCCAUUGUCUCUGGUUCUCUCACUCUCUGGGUGUCUGUAGCUGCCCUUUCCAUGGAAUUCCUAAUUAAUGGUGAUCACCUUAUCCUGAUAUAGAUCUCUUCUACCACUUGCAACUUUGAAUUAGUUGUCCCACUUGCUUUUUACUGAGACCUGCAAAGUUAGGUCCCAGAACUUCAAGGGCCUUCACUUUGCCAUGUAUAAGAGAGAUUGAUUCUGAUGGUUUCUUUCAGGUUGGGUGAACAAGUCUGCUCCAGAGCAGGAUGUCUCUGAAAUUGAGUCACCGGGGACAGUAGGAAACAGGCUCCAAGAGGAUGAAUCCCGGGAUUCUACAUUUGAACAAAAAUAUGCAUGUGAGAACAUGAAGGAAAACUUUCCUGAACACGUGCCCAGGUCAUGCUUUUUCCAGGAAGGAGGUUUUGGGGGAAUAACUUUCAUCCGAAAGGAAGCACUUCCUAAAAUGAUGAGCCAAGAAUAUAAUUUUGAGAAGAGGUUGCUUUUGACCUCAAGCCUUGUUACUCAUCUCAGGGUUUCUACAGAAGAUAGUCUACAUCAGUGGGAGACAAGUAGCAUACACACCAAUGAGAUUUCAAACCAAAGUAAAUGCUCAACCCUCUCCAUUCGGAAAAAGUCUUGGAAAUGUAACGAAUGUGGAAAAACAUUUACUCAGAGCUCAUCCCUUACUCAACAUCAGAUAACUCAUACUGGAGAGAGACCCUAUGUAUGUGAGGAAUGUGGGAAAGCCUUUAGUUGUAGUUCAUUCCUUGUCCAGCAUCAAAGAACUCACACCGAAGUGAAACCAUACAGAUGUGAGCAAUGUGGGAAAACAUUUCGUUGUCGAUCAUUUCUUACUCAGCAUCAAAGAAUCCACACUGGAGAGAAACCUUAUAAAUGCAAUGAAUGUGGGAAUUCCUUCCGCAAUCAUUCACAUCUCACUGAACAUCAGAGAAUUCACACUGGAGAGAAACCUUAUAAAUGUAAUAGGUGUGGCAAGGCAUUCAAUCAGAAUACACACCUCAUUCAUCAUCAGCGAAUCCACACUGGUGAGAAACCUUACUCAUGCACUGAAUGUGGCUCUUCUUUUCGUAAACACUCAAAUCUUAUACAACAUCAGAGAAUUCACACGGGGGAAAAACCCCAUAAAUGUGAUGAUUGUGGGAAAACUUUUCAAACAAAGGCAAAUCUUUCUCAGCAUCAGAGAAUUCAUACUGGAGAGAAACCCUAUAAAUGUAAGGAAUGUGGAAAAGCUUUUUGUCAGAGUCCAUCCCUUAUUAAACACCUGCGAAUUCAUACUGGAGAGAAACCUUAUAAAUGUAAAGAAUGUGGCAAAGCUUUUACUCAGAGUACCCCACUCACGAAACAUCAGAGAAUUCACACAGGGGAGAGACCCUACAAAUGCAGUGAAUGUGGUAAAGCUUUCAUUCAGAGCAUUUGUCUUAUUCGGCAUCAGAGAAGUCACACUGGAGAAAAACCUUAUAAAUGCAAUGAAUGUGGGAAAGGGUUCAAUCAGAAUACCUGCCUCACUCAGCACAUGAGAAUUCACACUGGAGAGAAGCCCUAUAAAUGUAAAGAAUGUGGGAAAGCCUUUGCUCAUAGCUCAUCUCUUACUGAACAUCAUAGAACUCACACUGGUGAGAAGCUCUUUAAAUGUAGUGAGUGUGAGAAAACCUUCCGCAAGUAUGCACACCUUAGCGAACAUUACAGGAUUCACACUGGUGAGAAGCCUUAUGAAUGCAUUGAAUGUGGAAAAUUCUUCAGACAUAGUUCAGUGCUUUUCAGACAUCAGAAACUUCACAGUGGUGAAUGAACCUGGCAUUAGGUAAUGGCAGUUUCUCAAGAAAUAGUGGCUAGGAAUCUGGCUGAGGAGUGGGGGCAGGUAUAGUUCCUGGAAGGAAGGAUGAAAUAGCCUUAAAUGCUGCCCUCAUAAGAGUAUUUCCAGAAAUAUUUGUGGGGGCUUGGAGAAUGCAGAGCCUACUCCAGGUGGGCAUCUGGGAGUACCGGGUAGAAAGGAAGUUCCUGCUUUUCAGAUAAAUCCUUGUUGCUUGCCACUCCUCUCUUCUCAUGUGACUCUCAUACCUUGAAGUGCCAUUUGUUAAGUUAAUGUUUGUCGUUCCCUUACUACACUCACCUAUCUUCCCAAAUUGUCAUGUAUGUUCACUCACCAGUUGGCUUAGAUGCUUUUCCAAACACUGUCAUUUUGAAAGUGGCAGCAGUUUGAGAUAGUGCUAAGUAGCCUCUAGAUUUCGGAGGCAGCUCUGACCAUGUUACUGUGGGGGAAGCUGCUCAGCCUGUGGAAGUGGUCCCAUAAAGGGGAGACAGAAACAAGUGAAAGAUGGUCCAUAUUCAUUUACCAAUAAGGAGAUAUGGACCAAGAACGGGUGAUCUCAACAUAUACGUUGGUAAAGAAGGCUUUUAUCAGAAUGAGGGAGAUCUUUCCUGAUCCUAUUAAGCUGGAGAAAGAAAUAGGUCAAGAGAGACUUUUCUUGAAUGAUGCCAUUUCUGGAAGGGAGUCAUAUUUGCUGAGAAGGCCAUGGGGACGAAGGGCCAACCUCUGUUCCAGAGGAACGGUAGCUUAUCCAGGAUGGAAAUGCCUGUGCUUGGCUAGUGAUCAUAAGCCACAGAGCAAGAAACCUGCUUAUGCCUGAGCAAGCCAUCAGCAUACCACUGGCCUAGACAGAGGUGUACACCUUUCUCUUGAGCUUAUAAAUGUGGCUGGGUUACUGGUUCACAGGGAAUCGGGGAGAGACACCCACUAAGAUUAACUGUCUAAACCAAAUGGGAUUUGACUCAGUUUGUUUGCUUUUAAGGAGAAGAAAGCGUUAGUGAAGAAGGAAGACAGCCUUUUAGAUUGGCUGGAGUUGGGGGAUGCUGCACCAGACCUAAUGAAAGUGUUGGUCACUCGUUGGGAGGGCUAGGUUUCAUGUAAUUAUGCCACUGGUGGUAUAAUACAGAUUUGUUAGAUCUCAGGUGUUUCUAAUUUUAUUAGGCAUAUGUUGUCCUGGAUAUUUACCCUUAGGUACAGAUUAGGAGUAUCUAGGGCAGUGAUGGCGAACCUAUGACAUGUGUGUCAGAGGUGACAUGUGAACUCAUUUUUUUGGUUGAUUU